ACGAGCCCUCUCUUCCCCUCCCAACCGGAGGCAGGCUCGAAAGGAAAUCGAAAGAGAAAGAAAUUUGCUCUGAUUUCGUUUCCUGUGUUGGAGAGAGACUCCUCCCUCUGCCUCGUUCCCUCUCUGUUUCCCCCCCCUCUCCGGUCCAUGACUGUGAACUUUCUGAUUAUUUGCACUUUGCUGUGUGAUUUCCCAGGUCUGUAGCUAUCCGCAAAGGAGCCUGCGGGGGGUCUAAGGAUAGCGCUCGGAGCAUCGGCUUCUCCCGCGGACAAUGUGGGGAGAUGAAGACUAUGAUUCCACUUGGGCAGAGAGCGAAGGGGAACCUGAGCCCGAGUCAGCAGCGAGCUCCCCGAAACCUCAACAAAAACCAACGGUGCCCCCGAUUUAUUUUCUUCGGUGGUUGUGGGCGCUAAUCUUCUCCAUUUUUUCAAACUGGAUCCAGAAGAACCGACAAGAAACUGGCCCAAGACCUGAGAAGCGAAACUAUCUGAAAUAUGACUCGGCACAUCGCUGGCGAAAUUGGAGAGCAGCAAAGGACCUCCAGCGCUAUCGGCAUGGUUACCCUGAUUUAGAUGAUAAAGCAAAGAAUAAUGAUAACAUUAACUUCAAGUUCUACAUGAAUCAGAAACCUUCUCAGCCUGAUGAAUGGACCAUUGAUGAGAUAAUUCAGAAUUGGAAGGGAAAAUAUCUACAUUUGGAGAGGAGCCAUUCAUACAUCCAAUGGUUGUUCCCAUUGAGAGAACCUGGAAUGAAUUGGUAUGCCAAGGAGCUCACAAGACAAGAAAUUGAGGUGUGUAUCAAAGGAAGGGAAUUACUCAGCAUUGUCUUCCAUUGGAUUCAAAUGAACCAAAUAUUCCUGACCUUCAGAAAAAGAGUCAAACUGUACAAGCGUACAAGCUUACAACACAAAUGUUUUGAUUUCAGAAUUUGGAAUAAUUUGUUUCCUUGGCAUUUCAGACGCACACACAAUAAUCUCCGCAUCACUCGAAUACUGAAGUGCCUUGGAGAGAUGGGCUUUGAACACUAUCAGCCCCCAUUGGUGAAGUUUUUCCUAACAGAAACACUAGUACAUAACCAGUUGCCCAAUGUUAAAGAGAGUGUCUUGGACUACUUUCUUUAUACCAUUCGAAGUAAAUCCGAGAGAAGAAAGUUGAUACUGUAUGCCCAGAAGCAUUAUCGGCCAACAGCAGACUUUGUCUGGGGUCCUCCCAAGGAAAUAGAACACCGGUUUAGGCAUAUUCGUGAAGAACUCAAUAAGGAAGAAGAAGAAACAAUGAGUGAGGAAACAUCAGAUGAAGACACGUUGGCGAAAGGUGAAGAAAGUAUUUGCUUGCCAUCAGAUGAGGGCCACAGCUCAAAGCAGAGACGUCUAAUGAAACAAAGGCCUUCAGAUUCUCAGCAGAAGAAGACAGUGUGUCAGAAAGACACAGAGGAGACCUCGAAGUAUCAAGUAGAGGCUGAAAAACCUGAUGCGCCCAUAAGUCAGGAGAGGUGUAGCACUGAAGAGAAGAGCGAUGGUGAUGAAAACAAGUGCAAUGAAAAUGUUGAAAAGCAAACUGAACGUAAGGAAGUGAUUGUCAUGCAAAAUAUUAAACCGAAUGUUGAAGACUUAGUGCAAGAUGUUGAAGUGCAUGAGAACCGCCAAACCAAACAUGAUAGAAUGGAAGGUGAUGUGGGAAUACAACAAAUAGAAGGUGAAGCUACCUGCCAAACAGGAAAGGAAAUGUUAGUGCAUUCAAGACAAGCAGAAAUGCCAGUUAUGGAAGGGAAAGUCAUAAAGAAAACAGCAGAAGAGGGGAUUGAUGAGAUGGCUGAGCCAGAGCAAGUGAACACUGAAGCAGAUAGUCCUGUAACUGAAGAAAGUAAAACUGGCAAUACAUCAAAGGAAGAGCUAGAUGAUGUAGCUAAGCCAGAAGAGAUUACCAAAGAAGCUGAUAAAUCUACAAAAGAAGAAACAGCAAUUAGCAAUUUAGAACAGAAAAAUAUGUCAACUGAAUUAAAAAUUCAUGAAGGUCAAAGCGAUUCUGAAAGGAAGAUCCCACAUUCUGGUAAAGAUGAAAGUGAGUGCACAGAAGAAAUGGAAAUGCAAGAAGUGGGACAGCUAGAAGCUGGAAAAGAUCCUGUAGGGAAAAGUGUGGAAAUGGAAGUGGAAGCUAGUAAGUGUGCUGGAGAGGAUGGAGAUGUAGAAAUGGAAGAUUGAGUUGUUUGUUGGCAAUUUUAGCAGUGUGGCAGCUCAUUUCUUUACAAGACAGCAGGCUAGAGAAUCGUUUUAGGAUACUACUUUUGAGGAAGAGCCCCAAGCUUACCAUCAAAUGCAGAGUUCCAAACAAAUGGGUUUCACUAGGCAGUAGCGUUGGGGAUUGGGAGACAGAAAUACCUCGUGUGGCUACCAUAGACCCUUCAAUGCCAGAUACUAAAUUGUAUUUAGAGGCUGGUGUGUGCAUGUGUAUAUUUAAUACUUACAUUUUUAAAUAAAGCGCUGAUAGCAGAUGAAGUUAACUAACAUUUUGUGGCUGAUUCUAGCUCUUGUCCUUUGAGUCUGUUUAUAUAGUGCCUAUAAGGGGAGCGGAGUGAGAAAGAAAACAUCAGGUAACCUCUGUUAGUUUAUUCAUCUGGUAUUUAAAUAGCCCCUUUUAAUGGGGUUUCAUAGGGAGCGUGUUAUCGAAUGGAGUUUCACACUGUGACACAGCAAGAGAUACGCGAUUGAAUGAUCAGAAACUUGGCCAGUGGUAGGUUUUAAGGAGUGCCUUGGAGAGAGUGAGUGACCUUCAAGGAGGAAUUGUGAAGCUUGUGAUAGAAACAAGUGCUCUUAAUCUCAAGAAACCAUUCUCCGGGAGGGCAAAGUGAGAGGCCUUGCAACUGCACAGACUAAAUCCUAUAACUGUGCUGUUCACCUGUUCUCUGCAAUUAGGAGUAGGAGACUAGUCUAGUAUACCUGGUGCCCAAAUACAUUUAAAUGUUGGAAUGAGCAUCCUUCUGGUUGCUCUGACGUGCCAACAAAGCUUCUAUCAAAUGAAAAUAAAUGAAGCUUAUACAAUGCUACUGUGUAGGGCCCUAGUCUCUGUUCUGCUCGCUGGGCUCCUUGAUAUAUCACAGACCUGUUGUAGAACAUCUCAUCCAACUCUGAGGAAAGAAUAGGAAUAGGAGGUGGUCAUUCGGCCCUUUUGAGUCUGCUCUGCCAUUCUAUAAGAUCAUGGCUGAUCUGGUUACUCCACAUGUGAGAAUCGCACUUGGCAGAAACAAAUAAAUAAGACAAUCUGGAAAACUGACAUUUAGUUCUGAACGUACAUACGUGGUGCUUACUCGGAUGUGAAACAUCCCUGAAAAAUAUUGCCUGAAUCUUCAUUCUGUGUGCAUACAAAGCUCAAUCUGAUUUCAUCAUGCCUGCCAAUUCUAUGAUUCUAAAUCAAAUGUUGAAAAAAGUACCAUUAGGGAGCAGGACUGGAGCUCCAGAAACUACUUUCAACCUAUUUUUGUCUGCCUGUUUUAUUCAAGUGAAUUUUGUUAUAUUCAGAAUUGUUAUUAUUAAACGUUUUGUUUGAUUCCA